UUAUCACCAAUGUUAUAUAGGAUUUUAAAUUUUUUAAUAGCGGCCAUAGGCUUUUUGUUGUCGUUGUAUGGAUUGUAUGUUGAAUUCAAGUUGGACCAUUUGGGAGAAGUUUAUCAACCAAUGUGCGAUAUCGCUACUUAUAUAAGCUGCUCUAAAGCUUUCCGCUCAUCGUUUGGAACUGGCCUCGGUAUCGUUGAACCUCUUCUUGGAGCAAAUCAUUUACUAAAUCAGAAGAAUCCAGUCUUUGGUAUUAUAACUUAUAUUAUUUUUAUGUUUUUCCAGUUCUUCGAUAAUCGAUGUUCAGCUUUUCUAUCUCUUAUUACUUCCGUUCUAAUGAAUAUUCUAUCAGUUUAUCUAUUUUUUGUAUUAGUUUAUCUUCGAACAAUUUGUGUUGUUUGUUUUGCUAUUUAUUUUGUCAACGCAGUACUGUUAAUAAUUUCUAUAAAAAGAUAUAAAUCAAGCAAAAAUAUUAUUAAAAACAAAAACAAAAAGAGAUCAUAA